AUGUCCUACUUAGUGAGACAAAUUCCAAAACGAUUGAGCACUCCGCUGACUCAGGCUAGAUUGGCAUCUUUAGUAUCACAGAAUACUUUUCAACGCUUAUCGAAAAACUCAUUCAAUCACUACUCUACUGAUCCUGUGGAGACUAAAUACCACGAAAAAUUGCUGAAGAAAGCCAAAGAAGAAGGUUUUAAUUCCGUAGACCAAUUUUUACUAAGUUCCAAGACAGAGCUCGAAGCUAAGAAGAAAGAGUUUAAUAAGAUUGAUCCUUUGAAAGAACUUGAGGAUUACGAACAACGUAUGAAAAUGUCUGCAAAUAACGCAGGAAUGACUAAGUCGAAGGGACCCAUUGAUGCAAGUCAGCCGAAGAUCCCUUUUAAGACGCUGGACUCUUUUUUGGACGUCGAGAAGAUCAAAGAGCUUUCGAAGCAGGAAGUAGAGUUUCUUUGGAGAGCCAAGUGGAUGAGUAAGGAUGAUGCGUUGUGUGCUGUAGUUCCUGUUGAUAUCUUCGAAAAGAUGAUAGUAAAUGCAAAGAGUAAUCCGAUCUUUGUUCUUCCCUUACCCAGACAGAGUCAAGAUGAUGGAAAGGAUGCAAAGGAAAAUCAAAGUGUUGAACUACAUUAUAUUCAGUGGCAGUUUGUCGGACCUAACACAGUCCACUGCAUAAUGACCUCUUUAGCGGAGUUCAAAUUGCACAACGAAUAUUCCAAACCACAUACUAUCUUCCAAUUCCAUUCCGAAAUGGCUGCUGACAAGAAGAUAAUUUUGAUGAAUGGUCAAGUGGAGCCAGAUACGAACAUUUCCCUACAAGAUGCGCAGCUUCUGCUGCUCAAUGUUCAGAGAUUCUGGGGUGCUAUGGGUGAAGAAACGCCUGUCGCUCAACAAAGAGUUAAACUGCUCCGCGAUUUUACCAAGGGCUCCCCAGAUUUUAGUGUCGAUGCUCUGAUAUCCUUGGCUCAAUCUAUGGAAAACUAA